GCAGGCCCAGCGGGCUGGCGCUCGGGCAUGGGGACCCUGCGGGCACCCUGGCCGUUCGUCUGGGUCCUGCUGCAGCUGGGCUGGCUGCCGGCUUGGCUCCUAGACUCCCCGGACAGGCCCUGGAGGCCCCUCACCUUCUCCCCGGCCCGGCUCAUGGUGCCCGAGGGAGCGAAUGCCACCUUCACCUGCAGCUUCUCCAACACGUCCGAGCACUUCGUGCUCAACUGGUACCGCAUGAGCCCCAGCAACCAGACAGACAAGCUGGCCGCCUUCCCCGAGGACAGCAGCCAGCCCGGCCGGGGCGGGCGCUUCCGGGUCACACGCCUGCCCAACGGGCGAGACUUCCACAUGAGCGUCCUCGCUGUCCGGCGCAAUGACAGUGGCAUCUACCUCUGCGGGGCCAUCUCCCUGCCCCCCAAGACGCAGAUCAACGAGAGCCCUCGUGCAGAGCUCACGGUGACAGAGAGAAUCCCAGAGCCGCCCACAGAGCACCCCAGCCCCCCGCCCAGUCCCGCAGGCCAGUUACAGGGCCUGGUCGUGGGCAUCACGAGCCUCCUGGUCGGCGUUCUGCUGGUGCUGCUGCUGGCCUGUGUCCUGACCACCACCUUCCCCAGGGCCGCUCGAGGGGCCUGUGGCAGGAGCGGGGACGAGCCCCUGGUGAGUUUGAUUCCCUUUGCUGCGACCGCGAGGAAACACAGAGAGCGCUGGGGGCGGGCGGGGGCCACUCUGCCCCGGGGGGAGCAGCCGCACACGACCCCAGCCGUGUCACCGUGUUUGAACUUGGGGACACGGGCCCCAAGAAGGGUGGUGUGGGCCCUGCCCCUGCUCUGUGUGUGCACGCGUGUGUGUGCGCGCCUGAGCAUCAGCCACUCGGAGGCUGCUGACUCCCCUCCCUCUCUCCCUAAGAAGGAGGGCCCCUCUGCCCCACCCACGUUCUCCGUGGACUACGGCGAGCUGGACUUCCAGUGGCGAGAGAAGACCCCGGAGCCCCCCGCCCCCUGCGUCCCGGAACAGACUGAGUACGCCACCAUUGUCUUCCCGGGCAGGCCGGGUUCACAGGGCCGCAGGGCUUCCGCCGAUGACCCCCAGGGGCCCCGGCCUCUGAGGCCCGACGACGGACACUGCUCUUGGCCCCUCUGACAGGCAUCCUCUGCCGGCCGGAGUCCUUCAGACCCUGCGCCAAGAGCCCAGGGUGGCGCCCUCCCUGGAGGAGAUGCAGGGGAGAGGGGCUGCCCGGUGCCGAGCCCUGUCUGGGGACCACUCCCUGCGGCUGGCUCUCACUUCAGUGCUCGUGAUGACCUGGCAGGGGGUUCCACGGUCCCAUGUGGGCAAUGGAAGGAGACCCUCCCAGGACCCCAGGCCCUGUCCUGGACUGCGCUGGCCAGAGCUCUGUGCCCCCUGCACACAUCCUUCCUCGGGGAGCAUGGGGGCCGGUGCUGUGGCCAGGAUGGGGGUCUCCAUGGCCCCCGCUGACUCCUGGGGGAGGCUGGUGCCUGGACACGGGGGCGCCGGGCUGCUGGCUGGAGACUGUGCCUUGGGGCGGCCCGUGAGGCAAGGCCGUAACGAAGAGACCCAGCACACACCUUGAGGGGCUCGCAGACACGCAAGGGGCUGGCGCUCCUCCAGGGACCCUCACAUUCCCCCAGGCCUGGACAAGAGCUCCUGGCAGUGGUGGGCGGGGCAGAGGCAGGCUGCCCGAGGGCCAACCCCUGCACGCACCCCGUCCACCCUCACGCGUUCCCGGGAAAUGGGGCAAUGAAGGGCGCAGGCCGAGCUGCAGUCCUCCCAGCUGAGGCCAUCCUGGGGGGCCCCAGGAGUCGCCCUAUUUAUCCUCCUCGGGGAUUCCCCUUCUUCUUGGUGCCCAUUCACGGUGCUAUUUAAAGAAGCCUUGCUGGGCUCUCGCCUGGGGUGUGGGGGGGUAGGUGUCUCCUCAGCCAGACGCCUCCGGCCAGACCCACCGCUCCUCGCCCAGCCCGCACACAGCACAUCGGCCGUCCAGGGCAGGGCGGCCUGUGGGCACGGGCGUCGGGGACUCAGGGGCACAUGCUCCCUCGG